AAAAAAUCUCUGCGUGGUGGAUUUUGUAUUUUGUGGGUCGACGUCCGACUGGUUCUUGGUCGACGGAUAUCCGUGUCGCAUUGCCGAGUCACGCAUAGACAUCACGGGAAGAGUGUCUUUUGGUCUCUUAAACCGGGCUCUGGAUUGCAGAGCGUAUUUUGCAGGGUAUUCGGAAAUAGAGAAGCAACCUGGGGUACGCUCUCUGGACGUUUCUGCGACAGCAAAUCGCCACUGUCGAGAUCUGGAAUAACUGCCGGUGACACGAUUCUGGGAUCAUUUCUCGCGACGACAGAGAUUCUAUCGUCUUGAAAAUCAGACCGACAGUUCGACCCAUCUGACUACCUGCCUACCUGUUCGUGGAACAUGAGAUAAGUGCGCUCGAAUUUGGUCUAUCCUAGAAUCAGUAUCAGGACGCUCGUUCAAAAACACCAUUCCUUUUCGUUUUCCGCAUUGGCACGCAUACCGUGAACAAUCGACCAUGGAAGCCACACUUACACAUCGGCCGUGGGAGCCUGCCACCAAUGGACCCCAAACCCCCACAGUAUCUUCAUCGCAGACCCUCCCCUCGAUAUCGACGUUGACAGCGAGCAUGACCACCACCGCCGCUCCUCCAGCGGAGAAGUCGCCCGGUAAUGUGUCGUUGAAUACAAUCGAGCGCGAUUCGGGGAAUUGGUCAAUGCCUCAGAGCACAAGUAAAAUGUUCACAUUACCUUUGUUGGUUAUGGAGUGCUGACAUGAUUUGUUCAGGAUCCUCUACCUACUCCACUGCGACAAACGGGACUGGUAACUACCCUUCUCUUUCAUUCCUUACGUCCUCCCAGCCGUCUCCCAAUCGCGUGUCCACGGUCUCCGAUCGAUCUCCUUAUCCCAACGACCAUUCGAACGCCAACACCCCUUCUUCCUCGGGCGCGCAGCCAUCUCCGAACUUUGGCUCGGCGCAGCCAAAUCCAGCGCUUCCUUCCAUUAACCAGAACUAUGACGCGCCAUCUCAGAGAGGUAGCAUUGCAGAGCCCGCGGAGUCACGGCGAAGCAGUAUUGAUAGUCGGAUGAACCAGGGAAUAAGCUCCCUUGCCAUAAACCCCGCCUCUCCCUAUCAUAGCACGAACGCGUCGCAGACAUCGAUUGUCUCGGGGUUACAACGGGAGCGUGGAAUAUCUAUGGAUGUGAAUAUGAACAAUACAUACCGAGGCCCCCGGUAUUCUGGGGGGCAGCCUCUCUCCCCUUUGGGCCCACGGGCUGGCGAACCUCGUGGAUUUGCGGCUGGCCGCACUGCACCUGCGAUCUCGUCGAACCCUCGCUCGGAAAUUUAUAAUGCGGAGGCGCCCACAGCUGGUCUUGCAUACGCUUUCCCAGAUCCGGAUGUUGCACGGUCCAAUUCAAUCUCUUCUACGACCGAAAAGUCGAACGCACAGUUUUGCAGAAAAGGAAGCACGGCGGAGUCAUUUUCAAGCAGCAUCUACUCAGAUUCCCGUUUGCCUCGUGGUCAGCACGAACUCCCUCAAAAUGUUCACCACCAUUCGCUACAGCACAAGCAAGUUCGUGGACUCAUUGGAGAGGCCGACCUACACAGCGGUAGUACCCCAUACAGCAGGACACCUGAGCUGAGGGUGACACAUAAGUUGGCGGAGCGGAAACGCCGUAGCGAGAUGAAGGAUUGCUUCGAGGCUCUGCGGAUGCGUCUUCCGCAAAGCCAGAACAACAAGUCGAGUAAAUGGGAGACUCUUACGAGAGCAAUUGAAUACAUCGGACAACUAGAGAAGAUGCUGAGCAACGCUCGCCGGGAGAACGAUCUUCUCCGGACUGAAAUGGACGACAUGCGGGCCCAGCUUAAUCAGCAGCAGCAGCAACAGCAACAAGCUAACGGGCAAUCACGACCACAGUCAAUGUUCGAGCAUCAUUCGAUGGCCACGCCGCAGGCUAAUGGACAGUCACAUGGCGCUAUGUUUGCUGGUUACGCCCCGGGCGCCGGGAUGACGCAGGAGCAGCCACGGACUUUACCGCCUCUGAUGAAUGGGUCUGUCGCACCAAUGCAAGGUGUGCAGUACACCGAUGAGCGACGGUAAUACAAAGGAAAUCUAUUCUACGCGAUUAUUUUAUGACCUGGCUGUGAUACGAGUAUGUCGGUCCUGAGCCUGUUCCAUUCAGCCUCUUGCGCCCUGAACGCGGAAACGUCACCUUUUUUCUGUAGCUCUCUUGUAGAUUUUAUUCGGGUGGUCCCCCCCCUUUUUUUUUCUUCUUUCUCAGCGCGAACAUUCCGUCUCACCAUCGCCGUGCCUUUUCCUGAUGUCCUUCAGUGGCAGACACUCUGCCGCAGUGUCUUAUUGAACCUGGCCUCGACGUCUUUAUCUCCCUUUUCUUUCCUUCAUAAACUUUCGCAUCAUGAUUCAUCUAUUCGCAUCGGAGACGGGAUAUCUGGGAUUUGGAUUUGGAUAUGGGAAGUGUAUGUUCAUUAUGUUUGUCCUCACUUUGACGCAGUGAGUGCUUUAUAGUGCGUGUGUACCAAAACGAAAAAGCGCAAACCAGCUUGGAAUAGGAGUGUGUAUGGUGUUUCAUUUGAUAUCCCCAAGGUCUAUGUGAUUAUUAUGUUGAUGAAGCGUCCUGAAUGGUUAUUGGGACCCAAUGUGAAUUGAUUGAUUGAACGUCCACCGAAGCCAACCUUUUUCGCCAGAAUUUGGUACGAGUGUUCCAUGAGUCAUUGUACAUCUAAAGCAAUUAUCUACUGUCCAAUUGAUU